GUCAAGCAGAAGCUCGUUGUUAGUCCUUAUCUACAUACAUUGCUCAGUUGUAAGGUGAAGAACUCACUACCUUGAGGUAUUUUUGUGGUGCUCAAUUCGGUGAAAAAAAAAAUUUACUCAGAAGAACUCAAAUUGGAGAAACUUGUGAAGUGUAAAUUGGAGCGCAACUAAGUGUGAUUCAAAAUGCUGAACCUAAUACAGCACGGAACAUAUGAAAGAAAAAGCAAAACAGGCUACCACGGUGAAGUAUUCAAAAAACAAAUUGCAGUCGCGUUUUUUCUACGGAUGCGGAGAGACAGUUUCAGAUUGGCUUAUAAUAUGUCACUAGCCGACAAGUAUGAAGACGUAGUGAUCUUUGACGAUAAGCGUAAGGUGAUACACUUCCUCCAGGUGAAGCACGCCCUUGCCAAAGAUGACAAGGUUAAUGAUAUCGAUUUGAAUGCACUAAAAGAUCAACACAACGGAGACUUCAGUAUUUACAAAUACCUGCAAUCCUAUCUGAAAGUUGUUGAAAAUUUUCAGAAAGACCAAUACAAAAAGCAGUUCUAUAUAUUUACUAAUAGGGAUUUAAAAAUCUCCAAUGAUGAUUGGGUGACGACUAAAGAGGUAGAAGUAGAUGAAAUCCUACGAUUUCCUGGCUCCAAGGCCCGAUACCUGAAACUGGUUCCAACCAAAGAAGCGAUUAAGGAGUUGAGCAAUUUUAUCAACAAAGAUUUCGCAAACCUUAAAGAGGCAAUCAAAGAGCUUUUCAACAAUGGAACCGUCAGUAAAAUUUUAGAAACCUAUAGUACUCCUCUGAAAGACGUUUUAACAAUAAAAAAAAAAGGAAUGCAGUUUUUUAGAUAGCUUCAACUCGGAAAGCGAGCAAUUCAAUGUUGCCCAACUAUUUAAUGCUCUGGAAAAAGAUAAGUUUGAUAUGAAGAAGACAGUAACAGUGAAUAACUUUUUACUCAAAAAUUCAAGGGUGCAACAUUUGCCACGUUAUGUCAGUGAGGAGGAAAUUUUGCCAUUCUUCGACGACUUUUCUCUAUUAGUGGGUCAACCAUAUGAUUUAUGUCCAAUGAUUGAAAACGAGCUGUGGACGUGGUGUGAGACGUGGAUUUGUCCAGAUGUACUCAGAAAACUGAGUAACACCGAUCUGAUAUUUAGAGAUCUGAUAUUAAAAUUUGACCAACUCAAUAAACCCAUAAAGAAUAAAAUGAAGGCAAUUUUGAAACAAAGUGAUAUACUAAACUGUCUUAGUGAAAUUAGAAAUGAUAACGAGAACCUUGAAGGUAAGGAAGCAAAACAAUUGCAAAAAUAUUACAUCAAUCGCCGUAUUAUAAAUGGCGAAGAUGUCUUUGAAGUUGAAAAAAGUGACACUCAGUUUGUCGAAGAGCUUGGGAAAACAUUUAAAGACCAUCAGAUCAUCAUACUUCUGGCAGACCCUGGAAUGGGGAAGACUAGCUUGCUUCAGUUUGUAGCGCUUGAAGUGCAGAAGCAAAAUACUGUCCUCGUACUGUUGGUAUACUUGAGCGAGUUGGUAAUGGAGCUCGAAAAAGUAGAACACAUUUCAAGCUUGGAUGAUGUGCUUAAUGUACUCAAAGUGAUCCUUUCAGAGCGAUAUUUCGAUGUCAUUAAAAAUGCCCCAGAUGAAAGGGAUGACCAAGGCUAUUCCAUUCUUAUAGAGAUGGAUGGCUUCGACGAGAUCCACUCCAAGUACACCAACAGGGUGAUUGAGAUGCUGGAACAACUCAAGUUGAAAAAGAGCAUUCGAAUCAUCAUCAGCGCCAGAAAACAUAUGCAAGUAUUAUUAGAGAAGCAAUUUAAUGUAAGAUCUAUGAUUCUGGAGCCAUUCUGUGUGGAAGAGCAAAUCAACUAUUUGAGAAAGAUGUGGUACGACCCAGAUCUAGAUGAACAUUGCUUUGAUAGCUACUCGAAACAUAUUUUAAACAAAUUUAAAUCAAAUAUCCCUUCAAAUUUUGGUGAAAUUUGUGGUGCGCCUUUCAUGGUCAAUACGCUGGGAGAGGUUUAUUUAGAAAAAUUUAAAAAAUACCAUUCAUUGAAAAAACAGAACCCAAAUCAGCUCGUUGAUCUGACUAAAGAAAAAAUGAAUAUUCCACAGCUGUACGGACAGUUUGUUAAAAGAUGUUUUCACAAGAAAUUUAUGGAAAAAUUCAAGCCCAAAUAUGCUCUGAGCGACGCUGAAUUGGAUUUGUUGAUGGGUGAUUAUAUUUUGAAGCAUCAGUUGUUAGCUAUGGAGCUGCAAAACAUUGAAGUACGUAACGAAUUGUUCACAAAUCAAUAUUAUAGAGAUAUACAUGAUCAAUUUAAAAAACGAUGCGAACAUGAAUCAGAUACAUCACAACUGGUUCAUGUAGUCCAACAGAAGGUUGAUUUUUGCCAUCGGUCUUACAGUGAAUACUUUGUGGCAAAAUAUCUAUGCGACAACAUUUUUACGUUGUCAGGAGAAAUUGUCAUACAAAUUUUGUCUACAAAUCACGGUGUUCGAAGAUUUUCUAUGACCAAGAUGGAAGGAAACCAGGCAUACCUCACGAUCUUAAGUAAUCUGUGUAAAAAAAGCUGGGAGAUUGCACUGUGGGCAUGUGAGUGUGACUGUUUGAGUAUCAUUUCCUCUUUUGAACCAAUUUUUAAAUCAUUCUCAACAGAAAACCUAGCGGCUAUGUUACUGGUUGCUGCGGAAGGUGGGUUUGUUGAAAUAUGUGAAUUCUUAUUAAAGAAUAAAGCGGACGUGAAUUCAGUGCAUAAAGAUGGAUGUACUGCUCUUCAUUCCGCAGCUGGAAAUGGCCAUAAGAACGUUGCAGAACUCUUGAUAUCAAACAAUGCUGACGUGAAUGCAGUGGAUGAAAAACAAUGGACUGCUCUUCAUUUCGCAGCUCAAAAUGGACACGAUCAGUUGAUCCAACUGUUGAUUAACAACGGUGUCACUGUUAACAUGUGUUCAAUUUCCGGUAAAACUGCACUUCAUAUUGCAGCAGGCAAUGGUCAUAAAGAUGUUGCUGAACUCUUAUUAGCGAACAAUGCUAACGUCCAUGCAACGGAUGAAGCAAAAUUGACACCUCUACAUUUGGCAACUGAAAAUGGGCACGAUGAGGUAAUAAAAUGUUUAAUCGAUCAUGGAGUGAACGGCAACUCUCGCAUACACACUUAG